AUGUCGACGACGGCCUCCCUCAGCUCAGGGCAAAGCCCGGCGAAGCCAGACCACAAGUUCUCGACCAGUAUCAGCACUAGCACCGGGAAGUCCCUCUCCUCUCAGCGUCUCAGCGCCUAUAGCACGGAGCCGCCGUCGUCCGGGUACCGCACCGUCAUGCUGUCGGAGCGGCCCGCCUCUGCGUCCUACGCUACGCAGCAGGCUCGGAGCAGAGCGAGCGCCCAGCUGGACGCAUUCACGACGCAGUUUCGCGGCAACUAG